AUGUCUGUCUCAUUGACUGAAUUUGUAAGUGCAUGGAAUGAUGCUUUUACUUUUCAAAUACGUGAAUCUGAGAUUAAAAACCCUACUGAACCGUUUUUUCGGCGAUGUUUGAUUUUACUGCUGAAAAGUUUCUAUGUCGAUACAACACGAUAUGAUAACAUGGAUAAUGAAAUGGGGAAUGACUUGAGAUUAACACGCAUUAAAUUGGUUGCUGUUGUGAAUCACUUUUAUAAGAUCGCUUAUCCAGGAGCAAAACAGAACUUCGGAUAUAUGGACAUGAUCCAACCCACUUUCAAAAAAGUUUUCAAUGUACUAAAUUACCUGUUGAAUUAUUACGUAUUCGUUCGUCAAACAUAUGCACAUACAAUUCAAAGUGUCAAGGAAAAGGUGAAUUUACGAGAUGAGCUUCAAAGGAAGAAACAUCAACUUCUGAAAAGCAUCGAGGAAGAAAAGAUUAAAGAGGAAAAUACUGCAAAAGUCAUUAAUUCAUUGGAAAGAAAAAUUCCUCGUCAAAAAGAAAAAAUCACUGAGCUUGCGUCUAAGGAACAAGAUCUUCAUAUUCAAACAGCAAAGUCUCAAAAGGAGCUUGAAGAUGUCGAAAUGAAGUUGAUAGAAGAUGGUAGAAGCUUAGAAGAGGCACAGUCAUCAUUAAUAUCAGAUUCGGAAGCUCAAGAAAUUAUAAAAACAAAAGAAAAAAUUACUAAACAACUCGAGGAAGAAAAUUUCAUCACUCAAGCUGUUCGCCAAAAGCUUCAUGAACAUUCAAACACCAUUCAGGAAAUUCGUUUGAUUAUAGCAGAAAUGGAACAAAUUCAAUUAACUUUCGAUGUCGAUGCAAGCGAAAUUAUCAAGAAAAAGAAGGAAGUGGAAAACUUGAAAGUAGAAAUUAGCGGGUUGAGCUCAAAUGUAUCGAAGGAUCAUCAAGAGAUUGAUUUCCUUUCAAAUUCUCUUCAAAUGAAAAUCUCGUCGAUUGAACUCUUACAACAAAAAAUUGAAGAAACAAAGAAAAUUUAUGCGAUCAAAGAAAUGGAAAAGAAAAAGAAAAUCGACAAAUUGUCAAAAUCUUCAUCAUUGUUGACAAGAAAGGAAGCAAAAAUUUUUGCGACAAAUCAAAGAUUGUAUGAUGAGCAGACGUUACUUAAGAAAAUUACUGAGCACGUCAUCAAGAAGAUGUCGAUAGAUAAACAGAAGCGAGAAGAUUAA